AUGAAGAAGCGGAAUCUCCGAUCGAAGGAGUCGACUCUCGGAGAAGAUGCUGAGAAACUCUACGAGAAGAGGAUUCGGGAUCUGGAAUCGGCGAAUGAAGCUCUCAAGCGUAAUGUGGAAGAGCUAAGGUCCAAAUUGGCUGAUGUUUCGAUUAGCUCUUCUGUUGGUAGUACUGUAAUACAGUCGAGUAGAGAUUCUUCUCGCAAGUCUAUUGCUACAAAACAGGAGGGUAUGAGCUCAAGGAGUAAGUCAAAUUUGUGCUUAACGAAGAGUCCUAUAAAUCAGUUAGAUGGCCAAGUACAGAAAUUAAAGGCGCAAAAGGUUAAGUUGCAGUGCAAGAUCAAGCUAGACUCUAUGCAAUUCAGACUAUCAAAGGCUUCACUAGAGAAGGAAACUCAUCAGCUCAGAAAAGAACUAAGGAAAAGCGAGUUCGAGAAACAUGUCCUGUCAGCUUUGAACAGGCGCCAGAAGCUGAUUUUGCAGCUCAAGAAUACACAAGCUUUGACAGCCCUGAAGCGCCUAAAAUUGCUGCCACAAUCUAAAAAGAUUUCUUCGAACAAAAAUAAUGGCCAACCAAAAGGAAAAAGCUCCAAGAUUCAGGAUUCUAGCAAUGAAGUUGGGCUACUAAUGAAGUUGAAUAAGAUUCAUUCUGAUUACGAACGCCAAAUGAAAGAAAUAGCUGAAGAGGUCAAAAGGUUCAGCCUAGAGGCAAGUGUGUUGAAGGCAGAAUUUGAGGGAGAGCAAAACUCCUGCUCUGAGUCAUGUGACAACAUAAUCAACCACACUCCGAUGGACUCAGAAUUAAAGGAACUUAAAGAAGAAUUUAACAAACUGAGUACUCUAGUCAGCCAGAUGGAAAUGACCAAAUCUCAACUCAGCGAAGCAAACAAUGUUCAGGUUGUCAAUUUGGGUGAACCAGCUGAAUUCUCUGUUUCCAGCAAGGAUACCGAUGAUCAAUCAAACUUGGAACCAUCUCAACAUAAUCUUUCUGAGGAAACGGUCUGCAAUAGCAACGAUCAAUCAAAUUUAGAGCCAUCUCAACCAAAAUCUUCUGAGGAAACACUCUGCGAUACCAAUGAUGAAUCAAACCUAGAGCUAUCUCAACCGAAAACUUCGGAGAAAACUCUUUGCCAAAAAGAGCAGAGCAAAGCAGAGGUGUGUUGCUCUUGCACUAAAAAAUCUUUGUGCAAGACCAAAAAUUGCAAAUGCAGGGCAAAUGGAAGCGGAUGUGGGGACUCUUGUGGUUGCUUAGUCUCCAAAUGUAGCAACAGAGAAGAAAAAGUAAACAGAUCUGAUAAAGCAAUGCAACCAGUAGAUGGUAAGAAACCCGUUGAGAUUAGCCAUGACGACAAAGAAGCAAAAAAACAACCAUUACGUGAUAUAGGGAACAUACGAGAAGCUGGGAAAGUUGGUAAGCAGAGGAAAAUUCAGAAACCAGUUGCUAAGAAAUAG